UCUGAUGUUAGCUGCCACCCCUAGAGUGGGUUUAGAAGGACUUGUAAUUCUUUUGUUAAUGUAAUACAUAACUUAGGCAUUAAGUACACAACUUUUUUUACUUGCUUGGGUAGAAUUGCAUUAUUGCGUUGUUAGUAGAUUAUUUUUAAUACACAAGGGUCUCAUAUUCUUUUCUUCGUUGCCUAUUACGUUAUUGACAGUAGAGGCAGGCAAAAUUUGGGCAGAAAGAUCAACAGAGAAGAAUUUAUUUGGGAAUCGUAGCAAGAAUAUGAGCAUUAAGGGUAUGUCUAGCAGGAUUCUAAUAGCACAAUAUGAAGACACUUCCAUAAUACAGUUGUCCUAAAAGCCUACAGUUCCAUAAGCAUGCAGGACACCGCUUGCCAAGACCAAUUUUGUACCUUUUGAAACAAAGGAGAACAGACAGUGAUUCUGUACUAAAACCUUCCUCCUUUUGCCAUUCACAGUCUAGGAGGAGGCUGUUGGUACAUUUUUUGGAGUGGUACAAACUGGCAGUAUUGUUUCAUUUAGGAGUGAGAUUAUUGUCAUCACAUUGUCAGUGAACUUGGAUUCACACCUUCAUGGUUGUGUGUUAUUCACACCAAAUGUGUACUGUAGAUUCUGAAUUGUGUUCCUUCCUAGCCUACAUAACCACCACAAGCCCUACUACAGGGUGCUGCAGGAAGAUUCCUGUGUGCUUGUUUAUCAUUUACUUGUGAGGCUUCGCAGUCAUCGGUGCAGGGAACGUAACAUUUUUGGUAGUGAUAGAAACUUAAAAAGUUUCUGCAUACAAACUGUGCUCAGAAUUAACAUGGUAUCAAUUAUUUUGAGCACUCAAGAUGGAAACUUUUCUAAAUCUUCCUCUUUACCUUUGCUGUUUAUCUCUUCAGCAUAGGCAGUGGGUUUUGUGUGCAAUUAUAAACUUCUUAUCCACUAUUAAUCCAUGUUUCAUUUGGUUUUGUCCCCUUUUCUACUCUAUCUUCUUGCAUACUUGGUGGUCAUCCACAUGCUUCAACUUUGAAAUAAGUUCCACAUUUACUUAGUACUUGGGGUUUUAAAAAGCUACCAAAGAUGUCAUUUAUAGGCAGCAGUAACCUCUGAAAAUACUACUUAUGUCUAAAUAUUACUUGGUUUGGGACAGUUGCUAGAACAGGUCUUUUCUGGUUUUCCAGAAUGUGUCACAACAGAGAACUAGAUCCUCUCUCUUUUAUUCCCACAAAACAGUUCAAGUAGCAUCAAAUUCUGUAGCUGCCAACCACAGAAUUGUAGUUGCUGGGGCCCCUGAGUGUUGCAGGAAUCCAGAAGGUCCAGAAGGCAAGUCAAGAGUAUGAGGCAGAUUCAGUGCUCUGUGUUCUGGACAUGCCUCUCCCCAUUUUCUGCAGAGCAGGCUUGUCACUAAGGUAUUCUGCAGCUAAAGCUCCAUAACCCUUGUUGAGCACAGGUGAUGCUUCAGGGCAUUUAUAUCCAUUUUACAAAACUAUGCUGCUGCUAUUACUAAGUUAGGUACUUCUAAAUUAGUUCAGGAGGGAAGGAGAUUGGUAGAAGUCUUCUUCUUAACACAGGAUACUUCUUCAAUAAUCGAGUUUAAAAAAGAAACAAAACCACCAGUUUCUACUGAGACUCUGAAACAGACAUCUUUUUUUCUGAAUUCAACUGUGUUCAGAAAUGGCAAUACCAUGAAGAAGUCAUGUUGUUCCUGACUACCUAGAAGAAUUUCAGCAGUCCUGAAGGUGUUUUAGAGUUUACCACACUUUCUGAUGCCACUUUCCCUAUUCCUGUGGAAUUUUUUACACACGUUGUUCCUUGUUGCUGGAGCAAUUGCACUGAAUGACUCUGGCCUAAUGGCAAUAAAAUAAAUAAGCAAUACAAGUCAUAAUCAAGUUCCAUAACUUGGCCUAAUCCAUCUAUAUCUUUAGAUCUAGUGCAGCUUAUUGCCAUGGGAAAGUACACAUGGUGAAGUCUCCUUAGCGGUAUUAUUGACCUUAAAAGCACAGGUUAGGGGCCCUUGUUUAAGAGGAAAUAUGAAGGGAGGGGGCUGAGUAUGGCUGCAACAGCCUAGCUGCAUUGCAUUGUAUUAGUACAUACGUUUACAUUGGUACAGAAGGCUCUAUAACUAUGACAAAGGUUUGUCUAACUAUGAAAUAAAGCUAUUUGCCUCAAGAAAACUCAAGCAGAAGGUAAGUAAAUUAACCUCCCUAUUCUGCAACAAUAAUAUAGACUUUUGAAAUUCUUUUUCUCUACUACAUUAAUACUUAAAGUUUGUAGUUGUCCAGAUAACUUACAGGAGAUCAAAGUAUUUUUUGCUCAAUUUUAAUUUUGAGGAUUAAUAGUAACAAAAAUGCAUUUUCAGUAUUUACUGAAGCAAUGGAUAUCUACUGAUGCUGUGUACGUAUGACUCACCAGUCUCUCAUUCUUAGAAAAGGACCUUUCUUUUACCAGAAGGACACUUCAAUCAAUAUUGUGUAACGGUACUCAAAGAAUACUGUUGUGUACUGUGCUGUCACUACUUUAAAAGCAUUGCUGACUGCCUAUGUCAAAUAUAAAAUGAAUGUACCUUUCACAAAUGUUGACAUCAUUUUGACCAAUAGGGUUACUUUUGAAAAACAAAUACAUUCUGUAGCUGCUCAUGCCUUAAUAAAAGUAUGCAGUGUAUUAAAGAUGUUUCUUAAACAUUUACUCAGAAGUACUAGGAAAAAGCAGAUGUAUUAACAGUGGAAUAAUUAGAAAUUACCUCAGUUGUUAUACUUGGAAAGAAGUAUUUAAUGACACCUGAAGUGUACUUCUAAAAAUGCUCUUCUUAAAAUAAUAGUAAUGGUUUGGGAAAGUUUUAUUAAUAUUAAUUGUAUGAUUUAAUAACCUGUGACAGGCUCACUAACAGAGCACCAUAAGUAGCAUAACUUUAGCAGCUCAAAUGCAGUUACCUUCAUGAAUGUAAUGAUUCAGAAGAUCUGUCUUAAUGUUUGACAUUUAUGCCCUAAGCCAGAACCCAAUACAGUUUCAUGUUUCAAAUGUCUUUCCUGCUGCUCUGAUUCAUGUAGUAGUGAUUUCAGACACCCAUGGUCACUGAAAUUGUACCCUGUAGUCCAGAUGAUAGCACAGACAUUUUUCUUUUCCAGUUUACUCAUAUCCUAAUUCUCUGUCAUGCUCAUCUAUUUCAAUUCCUAUGUUUUUCUUAUUUUUGAAGUUGCCUUCCCAAGCACUGACCCCACUUGCCAGACAAAUUUCCUCUUCUUGGUCACACAUUGAUCAAAAGACUCUCCAGGCUGCCUCUAGUGACUCCUUUUCAAGGACUGUUGGUUUUUCACCUUCAAGCAUGUGCAACUUAACUUCUCCAUCAGUUACAGACAAUUUUCUUUGUGACUUAGAAGAACUCAAAUCUUUGGCAUUAGCAACCGCCCAAACUGUAGCCAUCUCCCCAGGUAAUAGCAUUCACCAUGUUAAAGAUGGUCUCUUUAUGCCAAAUACAGAGGUGUCUCUCAGCUCUCCUACAGCUCUUCCUCUGUCCUUUCUUGUAUCUUCCUCUGACUCACCUUCAGCCAGCUCAUCUCGUGACAUAGCAUGUAAUCAUGUCAGCAACAAUACCAAGUCAGGAAAAGAUAAAGACUUAGAAGGCAUAAUUGACCCUUUAGUUAUUGAAAUACCUAGAGAUUUGUCAGAUGCUACAAGAGAAGGUGAACAUGGCUCUAUCUGUAACAUCCCUUCACCAUAUGAAGGAGGUUCUGUGUCCAGAGUGCUGGCUACAGCUGCUGAAAAUGAAGAGGAAAUCUGUACUGCAGAUCUGUCACUUAAUGUAGGGGAGCAGUCAGAACCUCAAGAAUCAGAUUUCUACGAAGGAGCACAAGACACAGCAGAAGAACUGACAAGACUGUACAUAGAGGAGGAUCUGGUCCCUGACAAUUUAGAAUUCCCAAUAGCAAGUGGAGAAGAUGCUAUGGAAUGUUAUGAAGGAUACACUUCACCAAAUAUUGAUAAGGUAUUUUAAUUUCUGAAAACCCUGACUUCUGUGUUCAGAUAACUUCUAGUGUAAUUAUUCUCUGCCUUUCUUUGUAUUGAUAUGUUUGCAUUGUGCAUAGGCACAAUUUUAUACAAUUACAUUCAAUGAAAUUGAGCUCUGAGCAAGCUGGUUUAGUGCAAGGUGUCCCUGUCCAUGGCAGGGAGGUUGGAAAUAGAUGAUCUUUAAGGUCCCUUCCAACCCAAACCAUUCUAUGAUUCUAUGAUUAAAAAUUGUCAAUGUUAGGGGACAGUCCCUUCUCAGCAGCAGGCAUAUGCACCAUUAUCAAUUCUGUGAUGUAUCAGUUGUGCUGGUCCUUUCCCUUCUGUCCUUUUUGGUUGCUGAGGAGCUUCUGAUGUGAAAUGCCAGUGAACUUUUUCCCUCACUGGCCCAUUAUGUGCUGCCCCUUUUAAGAGAGAGGCCCCUGCAAGCAAAGGCUGUCAACAGCUUCCAGAGGGAGGGACAUGUGCCUCCUGCAGAGACUCUGCGGUUUGUGCUUCACAUGUGUCACUUCACUAGCUGAUAUAUUUAUAGCAGGCUCUGUUACAAGAAUCUGACUAACAGUAACAGAUCAGAUUAUGUUUGGCAGUCAGACAAAUGCUUCCUCCUGAAGCCCUCCCCAGUUCCUCUUUGGGACAGCACAUCACUGAACUAUCUCAAAUGUGUGCUAAAUGCCACAAUAUCACUACACACUUGGUGUGGUUUCUAGGCAGAGUUUUAGAAUAGAUUUCUUUCUGUCCAGCACUUCAACAGAUUAUUCAGGCAGUUGCUUUGACUGUCAACAUGCAAGUCAGUUGCUUAGGAGAAUAUGUUUUAGGCCAGAUGUUAAAUUCUGCAGGCUACCUCUACCCUUAAAUGACCUGAAAAACAUAGGAGAAAAAUGUAAGAAUAGAUGUAAAAUCCAUGGCCACAAAUGGCAAAUUUUUAAUCCUUUCUGAGGCAAGAAAUUUCUUCCAGAAAAUUAGAUGACUAAGAUUAGCAUGAAAUUUGUGAUUGUUCUGGUUAGCUUCAUGACUCCUUAUUGAGCACUUGAUAUCCUUCAGCUGAUUUUAACACAGUUUUAUAGCACAGUUACUUCUUGUAUUUCUUAAACAUUUAAGGCAGCUCUGCUUUCUGCUGGAAUAUCACGAGACUGAUCCUCUUUUCCACCUUUCUUCUAAUCUUCCAUUUCCCUCUGCCAAGGCACCUACUUCCCACUCCAUUCCUACAACAUCCCUGCCUACUGCUUCCCUCUCACCUCCUCUCCUUUCUAAAACCUUACAUCAGCAGGAGAAAGACUCACCUCAGUUAAAGGUAACCGCACCUUUUGUAUGGAUUGUUGUAAAUCUGUGUGUCUGUUAAGUAACUGCAAGACUAACACUGAGUUUGAUCUUCUUGGAUGUACAGUUUUCUUUACUAAUAAUAAAUAACAUAGAAAAUGGAGUAUUAAGAUAGGCUUCUUUCAAAUGAAAUGCAAGGUAAAACUAUAAUCAUUAUGAUACAAUUAAAUAGCUUAAGAAGAUACCAAUGAUAGGAAAGAAGAAAGCAAAUCAAUUUCAGGUCCAUGCCAGGACAGCAAUGUAACUUAUUUAAUUGAAUGAAACAGAACUGUACUCAAGUAAACAGAAACUAGAUAACAUUUGUGUUUCUGUUUUCAAUUUCAAUCCAAAGCCUGGGAGAAGAGUUCUAAAUUUCACAGUAAAGUACCACUGCAGAGGCUCAUGUUCUAAAUGCCAAUUCCAUUAGUCAAGGACUGGACAAAAAUAAUUAUUCCCUCUUCAGGACUACAGUUUGUGUCAGCAUUGAAGUUCUGUGGCAGAAAAAUGAAAACUUGCUCUAGAAAGACAAAAUUAAUUUACAGUGCUGACUUCAAGAAGAUUCAUUUGUUCAUGAAAGGGAGAAAAAGUCAUGUAAAGAGAAACUAUCCUAGAAAAGCAACCAUUACAGCUAUGCCAAAAACACCCU